AUGGGUUGUGAAUUUGGCGAACAUGUCAAUAAUUUUUUGAGACUUAAAGGACACGCUGCUGAAAAUAUUCAUAAAAUUGAAUCAAAUCCUGAAAAAUCGAAACAUUUGGAAACCGCUACCACAAAAAUUUUUGGUUAUGAAAUUGACUUUGUUAAUUUGAGAAGUGAAGAAUAUGUAGAAGAUAGUAGAAUUCCCAGUAAAACUUUUGGUACUCCCGAACAAGACGCGUAUCGUAGAGAUAUAACAAUCAAUGCGUUGUUCUACAAUAUUCACACACGUCAAGUCGAAGACCCUACAAAAAAGGGUAUCCCUGAUUUAAAGCAAGGCCUUAUUCGAACACCUUUGGCUCCGUUUGAAACUUUCAAUGAUGAUCCCCUUCGCGUGCUAAGGUGCAUACGAUUUGCAAGUAGAUUUAAUUUUUUAAUUGACGAAAGUAUUUUGAUCGCUGUUAAGGAUGAACGGAUUAAAGAAGCAAUUAAUACCAAAGUAAGUCGUGAACGUAUUGGAAUAGAGAUUAUUCCCGUAGGUCCUCAUCCAGCUUUGUCAAUUAAACUUAUACAUGAAUUGGGUUUAUAUGAUACUAUAUUCGCCCCUCCACAAGAUUAUCACGGAACUUUAGAUGACUCAAAGACUUCUGGUAAUGACAUUGCAACUUUAUUAAAUAUCAAACAAGGUGUAAUAAUAGGAGAAAUUCAAAAAUCGGUAAUAGAAUGGCAAUUGGAAAAUGCUGAUGGAAGUAAAAAACA